AUGUCUUUUCUCCAAUCCGGAACGGGCGCCGCAACAUUCAUCAGCUACUGUCCAGCAGUAUGGGAAUCACCGAACACGCUGUCACGUAGCGGCGUGGUGGUCUUCCUGCCACAAUUCUAUAACGGCCACUUCGAGAAGUUGCGGACGACCACGACAACAGGUAUCGCUGGCGAUAUCAACGAGAUCUUGAGCUACUGCACCUCUGCAUCGUGGAACAACGCGUACGACAUGGAUCAACAACCUACUGCUUCUGACGCUGUGAGCAGCGUCGAAAAGCAGGAACUCUCAACACCACCACCGCCAGAGCCGCGAUUUGGAGGAUGGAUGCCGACAGUUACUCUUACGGGACUGUGUAUCACGUUUCUUGCAUCAACAUCUGGAAUCAUCGUGUCAAUCCUUUAUUUGGCGAAGAAGAUUGCAGCAAAUGACAACCCGAUGCUGAGCAUUGCGCAGAGUUUCAUGCUUUUUGCUUCUAUCCUUUCUAUGGCUUACAUCGGUUACCAUAUUCGAGCCACCAGAGCUGGCAACACCCUCUACGGAAUCCUGGAUUCACAGGGUCGCAAGACCCUACAUCCCGUUCAUGCCCGUACAAGGAUGCUGAUAAUAUCUGCCACCUCCGUCUGGGUGCUUACAAUCAUACUCCUCGCCGUUGGCAUAUACUUUGGCGGAGGUGGCAGCAAGGCGGUCCUCCUCAACAUGGACCUCUUUGCUUCUGUCAUGGCCAGUCUUUCCCUCAGCAUCGAAUGCUACGUCGUCUUCAGGAUAGUACCGAUGGACGGAUUUGCUAGGGGGUUCGACCCUUCAAUCCUCGAGCGCGGGUCCUCGCCUGCCAGAAGUGCCACGCCUAAGAACCCCACUCACGUAUCUCUACCACCCAGCCCAACGCCUUCGAGACCCGGGGGUCCACGACCCAUGAUGCCAGCAAAAUCGGAUAGUAUCCUGAGCGGCUCAACUCUUCAUGACGGUCAGAGUGUUCAUGGCGUAUCUGGACCAGGCUAUACUCUUCCAAAGCCGCCACCGGCGACUUAUCAGAACACUGAACCACAACGUAUAGGGCCAGAGGCUCCUGUGCUUCAGACCCCUGGUCACAACUACUCCAAUUCUGCUGAGAUUUUCACCAAUGUUCCAUUAUCUCCCACUCCUUAUCUCACUCAGAAUUCACAGCCUUGGAAUCCGCAGUCGGUUGUAACGCAGACAUCACCCACAAUGACCAGCCUGCAAGCACCGCACCCUCCUCCUCCACCGGUUCCUAACAUGACCUAUGCGGAAGCGCUACAGCAGCAGCAGCAGCAGCAGCAGCAACAGAAGCAACAACCAGGGCAUUAUUACCAACAACACCCGCAGCAUCACCAACCCUACCAGCCCUAUAGCCCGCAGCAGUAUCAAUACGGCCCACAUCCACAAGUUCAGCACGCGCCGACCCAACAGCCGUCUCUUUACCAACAUCAAUACCAGUAUCCUCCGAGUCAAUCGCCGACCCAAUGGGCGUAUCCUCAGCAACCAGCCGCCGUCUAUGGAACGGCAGGACCAGGAAAUAUCUCGCCUAUGUCGACGAUAACAGACUAUCGGGAUGCGAAUAGCGAACCGGUGUCACCGAUAACCCGGCAGAAUAGUGGGAUGAGCGCGCAAGUGAGGAGCAUGCCAGGAACAUUCCGGGAUGGGGGUUAA